GAUGCAUAUAUUGGAGUCAGAUAUUCAUUAUCAUCGUUUGUUUCAGGUUACAAGUAUGCCGUGUUGCAUCAUUUUUGUGAAAAUCCCUUGAGUAUCCUCACAACGGUCGAGCCUGAGGAAGCGCAUUCGAGAAUUGAAUUGUUGACUGAAAGUCACAUCGAAAUUAUUCGGAUGCAACUGUCAUUUAGGGAGUACGUUGAAUCUCAACUUCACCAACCGAAAGAAGUACAUAAAUUAUUGUGCGACAACGAUUAUGUUAAAACUUUGCUGCCGGUUUUCUUGCGUGAUAUGAAAAAUUAUCAUCAAAAGUUUGGUGCCACGUUUGAAUUAGCAUUCUUUUCACAAGAAUGUCUGAGUUAUGAUUCGAGUCAUACAAAAAUGAGGCAUGAAUUGUAUUCACUUGCGCUGAAAAAACCUGGUCUAGGGGAAAGUUGUUUUAUUCUGAAAUUAGUUGAUGAUUUAAUGAAAUUGGAAUAUAAAGAUCUCGGAAUUCUACUUCGAACAUGGAUCGACUAUCUUGAAGACGUUUCUAAUGUUUUAGGGAUCAUGACUCAAGAAUGUCAAGAUAUUAUUGGAUUUCUUGAUCAAUUGGAAGUAAUCUAUGAGAAUGAGUCGGAAUCGCUAAGUACCGAAGUUAAAGGAAAAUAUCGAAAACUAAAAACGGAACUUCGAAACUACAUGCUGAUUUUCUUUGAAGAAAACCUUCGGCAUUAUUCUUCCAACACUCUUUAUGAAAUAUUUUAUUAUCAAGAUUAUAGUGUCUUAGAAUCAGUAUUAACUCCGAAACCUCGACAAGCGAUACAUGCGGCACUUGGACUUCCUACAGACUACAUCAAAUGUAAUUGUUGUGAGUUUGAUGAAGAUGACGGUGAUUGUUUAGACCCUAGAGAGCAAAUUUUAUCGACCCAUCCGGAUACUUCGAUAUUAUAUAAAUUACAUUUACAAUGUGGUAAAUUAAUUAAUAUAUAUGAUUGGCUGGAAUCAUUUGAAAGUGUGAUCUCCAGAGAUAAUUUGGAAAACGGGAAAAUCGAUGAUAAAGAAGUCCGUGCAAGGUUCAUCAAAGGGUAUGAGGAACUUAAAAUUCUCGGGAUAAUUGGACCUACGUCAAGGAAAAAAGAUCAUCUCAAAAGAGUGGCAUGGGGGACCUCGUAA